AUGGAGCAAACCGCACACCGACCGUCCCGAAAGGACACCCUCCUGUCUCGACGAUACAUUGAAGGCCUCAUUGCGGAAGGGAAGCAUGUUAUGAUUUAUGAAAACCGUGUCCUGAGGGUUGACGCCUGGCUCAAAUACCACCCUGGAGGUGAGAAGCCUAUCAAGCACAUGGUGGGCAGAGAUGCGACAGAUGAGAUCAACGCAUUACACUCCCAGGAAGCUCGUGAGCGCAUGCCCGCCUACCAAAUUGGACGAAUUGAAGGAACAUGGAUCAACUUCCUCCCUCCAAUCCAGGGCGGCAAGUACCGGCUGUACACGGAAGACACUUGCUUGAGCGAGGAGGAAUCAACAGAGCACAGCUCCAGUGGCUCCAGUCAAGGAGAGUCAGCUCCUCCAUCGCCCAUCUUCGAUCCCGUCGAUUCGAAUUCCACCGUCAGGCAAAGGAAAUCACCCAGCUCCAACGCUGUUCCCUCAGCCACGAACGAACGAACUCAACCGCAACCCGCCUUUUUAGAUGCCAGAACCCAGGAACAGAUUGACUUUGACAUUGCCAAAUAUCCAUCCUUGGAUACCGCGAGGCAGGAAGAGAUCAAACGAAAGUACCGCGAACUGAACGAGCGCAUCAAGGCCGAGGGCCUUUACAAUUGCAACUACUUCUGUUACGCUAUAGAAUGCUGUCGAUAUACACUCUUCGCAGGCCUGUCCUACAUGUUCCUCCGCAUGGGAUGGUGGGCGAGCUCUGCGUUUUUCCUCGGCUGUUUCUGGCACCAGCUUGUUUUCACCGCUCAUGAUGCCGGUCACAUGGGGAUCACACACAAUUUCCACGUUGACACUGUCAUUGGAAUGAUCAUCGCUGAUUUUCUCGGUGGACUUAGUCUCGGCUGGUGGAAACGAAGUCAUAAUGUUCAUCACAUUGUGACCAACGAGCCUGAGCAUGAUCCCGAUAUCGAACAUAUUCCAUUCUUUGCGAUCUCGCAUCGCUUCCUCACGAGCCUGAAAAGCACCUACUACGACCGCAUUAUGACUUUUGACGCUCCGGCUCGUUUCUUCCUCAAGAUUCAAAACUACUCUUACUACCCUAUCAUGAUGCUCGCACGCUUCAAUCUUUACGCUUUGAGCUGGGAGUAUCUGCUCAAGCGCCAGGCUCCUAGAAAGGGGCCUGCUUGGUGGCAUCUCUAUUUUGAGCUUGCCGGGCAAAUCUUCUUCUGGACAUGGUUCGGCUAUGGUGUGAUGUACAAAACGCUUCCCGACGCCACCAGCCGCAUUGUUUUCCUUCUCAUUUCCCAUGUCGUCCCCUCACCGCUACAUGUUCAAAUUACCCUGUCACACUUCGCAAUGUCAACCGCUGACCUCGGAGUUGGUGAGUCUUUCCCCCAGAAAAUGCUUCGCACCACUAUGGAUGUCGACUGCCCAACUUGGCUCGAUUUCUUCCAUGGAGGUUUGCAAUUCCAGGCCAUCCACCACCUCUACCCUCGCAUUCCCCGCCAUAACCUUCGUCGCACACAGAAAUUCGUUCUUGAAUUCUGUCGUGAUACUGGUAUCCCUUACGCGAUCUUCACGUUCUACGAUGGAAACAAAGAGGUUAUCGGCCGUCUGGGUGAAGUAGCGAAACAAGUGCGCCUCAUGGAGGAAUGUCGCAAGUCCAUUGCCGAAGCAGGUGUGUUCUCUGAUCAUCACUGA